GAUUCCAGCUUGGAUGGCGGCCUGGAUGAUUCUGUUAUAAUAGUAGCCGAAGAUACUAAUGGAACGACUAUUUUCGAUAUUGAUGAUGAAAUGGAUCUUGGAGACGGUUUUUCCAAGAUCAGCAAGUUUGACCGAUGA